UUCGCGCCAAGAACAGAUCAGACAGGCCGUUGCUCCACGCGACCACGCCUCCCCGUGACUUCUUGCCGAUCAACAUGGAUACGGUCUGCGGCAGCGAGCCGCCGCAGUCGAAGAAGGUGUGCGUCAUCGGGGCCGGCAUGGCCGGGCUGGCCGCGGCGCGCGAGCUGCGCCGGGAGGCCCACGACGUGACGGUGCUGGAGCAGAGCGGCGACGUAGGCGGGCAGUGGCUGUACGACCCGAGGACCGACGCCGCCGACCCGCUCGGCGUGGCGGCGCCGGUGAAGGUGCACAGCAGCAUAUACGCCUCGCUCCGGCUCAUCAGCCCCCGGCAGAGCACGGGCUUCACCGACUUCCCCUUCUGCCCCAAGAGCGGCCGCGACGACCGCCGCUUCCCGGGCCACCGCGAGGUGCACCUGUACCUCAAGGACUUCUGCAAUGCGUUCGGGCUCAUGGAGGCCGUGAGGCUCAACACCAGGGUCCUGCACGCCGCCAUGACGCCGGCGCGUCGGUGGGCGGUGAGAUCCAUGGACCUCGGGCUCGUGGAGUGCGAUGAUACGGACGAGAAGACGUUGGACGCGUACGUGGACGAGGUGUUCGACGCCGUCGUCGUCGCCACCGGCCACUACUCGCAGCCAAGAUUGCCAAGCAUCGAAGGCAUGGAGACGUGGCGGGGGAGGCAGAUGCACAGCCACUCGUACAGGGUGCCGGAGCCGUUCCGCGGCGAGGUGGUGGUGGUGGUCGGGUGCGGGGAGAGCGGCAAAGACAUCGCCAUGGAGAUCCGCGGCGUGGCCAAGGAGGUGUACCUCGUCGCCGGGUCCAUGGAGGCGGUCACCCCAGGCUUGUCCAAGGUGCUGGCCAAGCACAGCGCCAACCUCCAUCUCCGACUUGAGGUGGAGCGUCUGUGCGAGGACGGGCGGGUGGCGUUCAAGGACGGCGGCGGCUCCAGCUCCAGCAUCGCCGCCGACACCGUCAUCUACUGCACGGGGUACAGCUACUCGUUCCCGUUCCUGGAGACGGGCGGGGCGGUGGCCGUGGACGACAACCGCGUGGGCCCGCUGUUCGAGCACGUGUUCCCGCCGUCCCUGGCGCCGUCGCUCUCCUUCGUCGGCGUGCCGAGAAAGAUCUUCGCGCCCCGCUUCUUCGAGACCCAGGCCCGGUGGGUGGCGCAGGUGCUGUCCGGCAGGCGGGCGCUGCCGGCGGAGGAGGAGAUGCUUCGGUCCGUGGAGGAGUUCUACCGCGCCAGGGAGGCCGCCGGCGUGCCCCGCAAGUACACCCACGAGAUCGGCAGGCGGGAUAUCACGUACAUGGACGAUUUCGGGGAGAAGUACUGCGACUUCCCUCGCGUGGAGGGGUGGAAGCACGAGCUGCUCGUGUCGUCCGUGCGCGGCAUGAUUGAGAACCUCGAGACCUUCCGCGACGACUACAAGGACACCGGCUCCAUCCGUAGGGCUAUGCAGGAGUGGCAUCUCUCUUGUGUGCAAUGGCAAAGCUCGCCACCUAGUUGUUGCAGCUACACAGACGGUCGUCCCUGCCCAACUGGUCUCCAUCAACGAGCACAAUGAUUACAAAAUCACCAAUUAAGAAGUACUUUUUCAAAGAUCACUCCUACAGCCAGGUUGCGACAAGUGCCACGCCGCAUGUGCGCAGAAAGUUUUUCCUUUUUCCGGACAUCCGUUUAUUCAAAAUAUUUAUCUAUCAAA